AUGCGCAGAGGAGAAGCUGUGACUGGAGAUUUGGACAGUCUGAGGGCACCACAGCCACGUAGGGAUCCUAAGAAGUGGGUGAGGUCUGGGGGUGUGACGGGUGUGCAGCCCAGCAGGGCUAUGAAGUCCCAACACUCCCCAGAGAACGCGGCCAGGGAGAGGAGCCGUGUACGUAACCUCCGCCAGGCCUUCCACAGCCUGCAGGCAGCCCUACCCUCCGUCCCCCGUGACACCAAGCUCUCCAAGCUGGACGUCCUGGUCCUGGCCACCGACUACAUCGCCCACCUUACUGAGACCCUGGACCAGGGCGGGGCCCUCUCUGAACUCACAGUGCCCCCCAGGGCAGGGGGCUACCUCCACCCAGUCAAGAAGUGGCCGAUGCGCUCCUUGCUGUACUGUGGGAGUGUGGGAGCACUACUGUCAGCCAAUCAGAAGCCAGCGUCGGGGGAGGAGGAAACACAUCCACUGUCCCCUACCCCAGAGGUCGACAUGGACCAAUCCGUUUAGGACUAGGAGCGUUGAAAUACAAUAUAUCCAACUGUGAUGCUUAUGAAACUGCAGCGAAUGGCAAUGUAAUGUAUAAGAUAGAAAUCAAAUACACCAAAAUCAAAGGAUCGCUUUGAUUAGCACAUUAAAUCACUCAUUUAUUACAGAAGCAUAAACCACUACUUGAGAAAAGUGUGUGAAAUAUUUGUUUGGGACAUUUCUAAAAUUUACUGGGGGAGGGGCAGGUCCAACUCAAGGUGUCAAAAUAAAUGCACCCUCUCCCAAACAUAAAACAAUAUUUUCACAUGACCC